AUGAACUUGCGUGAACCACUUUUACGUGGUAUUUAUGGCUUUGGUUUCGAGCGACCAUCUGCUAUUCAGCAACGUGCAAUUAAACCGUGUAUUUUGGGACACGAUGUAAUUGCUCAGGCACAGUCGGGUACAGGCAAAACAGCUACAUUUACUAUUUCGAUUUUACAACGAAUCGACGUGAAUUUCAAAGAUUGCCAAGCACUUAUUUUGGCUCCUACACGAGAAUUGGCUCAACAGAUUCAAAAGGUGGUGUUAGCACUUGGCGACUAUAUGAGUGUCACAUGUCAUGCUUGUAUCGGCGGUAACAAGGUUCAGGACGACAUUAAACGACUUGAAUCAGGCGUACAAGUUGUUGUCGGCACACCAGGUCGUGUCUAUGAUAUGCUCCAGCGAAGAGCUCUUCAAAGCAAGAAUAUCAAAAUGCUUGUGUUGGAUGAAGCUGAUGAAAUGCUUAAAGAAGGAUUCAAAGAACAAAUCUACAACAUUUUCAUGUUGAUGCCAGAAAAUAUUCAGACCAUUCUUCUGUCGGCUACUAUGCCCAGUGACAUCCUGCAAGUUACAACAAAAUUUAUGACUGAUCCGAUUAAAAUUCUCGUCAAAAAAGAAGAAUUGACGCUUGAUGGUAUCCAGCAAUUUUAUAUCGACAUUCAACGUGAAGUAAGUGUUCAAUAG